AUGUCGAAACUCCUGUCGACGCUGUUACUGAUACUCAUAUCUACCGUAUUCUCUUGCCCAAAUGCCAUCAAAACUCUGUGUCAAUGUUUUGAAGACAGUGCCAGUGGAAUGGGGCAUACGAUAGAAUGUCGAGGUCAGCCGAUGGAGGAUAUUGUUCAUCUACUUGUUCAAUAUCAACCCCAGAUUGGCCUGAUCAAACGAUUAGUCAUUGCUGACUCCCCUUCUAUUGGUAAUCUGACUGCUGACACUUUUCGAGGACUUUACAUCAAAAGUCUGGCCAUCACAAACAGCGGGAUUCGAAAAGUAGACCCUAAGGCGUUCAAUGGGCUGGACAGCACGUUAAUCGAGCUUGAUUUGAGUCAAAACAAAAUCGAUGUUAUCCCAACAAAAUCAAUUAACGGAAUGAAAUCGCUGUUGGUGUUGGACUUGUCAAAUAAUUCGAUUGCCAAUUUAGAUGCUGAUCAUAAAAUGCCCACUCUUCCAAAGGUAAAUAUCAUCGAGACUUGAGCUCCAAUACUGUCAUUUUAGUUGGACUUGCUCAAUCUAGGAAACAACAAGAUCAAAAACCUGCACACCACCUUCUUUGAUAACGUGAAAAACAACAUUCGCUCGGUAAAUCUUGGAAGAAACCAGUUGACUUCAAUUCCUGGUGCCGGUAAGUGGUCAAUUAAACCAUUACUGGAUGUAAUAUUUGACAUUCUAUCUUUUACUUCCAGCUAUUCGAGGAUUCCGACGCCUAGAAGCCCUGCAUCUACAUGGAAAUCUGAUCACAGAAUUAGAAUCCAUGUCCUUGAUGAAUCUUCCCGUUCUCAACCUCCUGAAUCUGGCUCAUAACAAGAUCUCGAACAUGUCUCGUCAAGCCAUGUUGAACAUACCUCGAUUACGCAUGCUCUACUUGUCUGACAACUUAUUAGAAGAGGUGUUACCUCAUCAAUUCUCGCCAUACGAUCAGCUCGCCCUUGUGGACCUUUCCAACAACAGGAUAAAGGAGCUCAAGAGUGGAUCUUUUGCGGAUAUGAAAGAGUUGAAAGAGCUCUAUUUGGCCAACAACAGAAUCGGAGAUAUUGAACCCGGGGCCUUCAAUAACAGUGCAAUUCAACUGUUGUAUCUCGAGGGGAAUCAGCUAAAUGAGAUCGAUGAUCACAUGUUUGCGGGGAUGAAUAGAUUGGAACAACUAGUUUUGAGGGAAAAUAGAGUAAGUCCUCUACCAAAAAUAGUAUCUUUCAUUUGAAUAUACCAGCAAAAAUGUAAUCUUCAUUGAUUUCAGAUAAAAUCCAUCAACCAAACAGCCUUUUACAACACACCUAGUCUAGUUAUGUUAGAUUUGAGUCACAAUGAAAUCUUCGACUUGGCACCAUCCACGUUCACAAAUCAAGAGCGCAUCUUGCUCAUCGAUCUUCAAUACAACAAGAUUCUGCGAACUCCAUACAGUGCAUUCAGCCGCCGAGUAGUCACCGUUCUAUUCUAUGGUAAGUUAUCAACCAAGUUAAGUAAUUCUGUUUAGAAAAUCCACUGGUGUGCAGUGAGAAAGUCCAUAUGAUCCAGAACGGCCAACCUUUGACCGUUCCUGAUCGACAAGACACAAUUUGUGCGCCGCAAAGAGAGCUUGAUGAACAAUCCAAAUUCCUGCUGGCUUCAACCACCAAGGCGACAACAGUGACCACAACGUCAGCCCUUCCUCAGACUAAAUCGAUAUUAGAUGCCCUGCCAGAGAGUCCAUUAUUCAAUGGUCAACCAGUUCCAGGUGCUCGCCAACCCAGUCAAGAAGAGCUCUUCAAUGCCUUCAAACAAGCCGAAGAAGACGCAGUUCGUCGGCCUGUGCCGGAGGAUUCCCUCCACGAUCCAAAAACGCCAGCUCCAUCUGUUAUUCCGUUCAAUGGAUAUGAUGCCUCCGGGCUUUUUAGUGGUCCUAAUGGAAUUCCAGUUGUGAUUCAACGGCCAAAACCUGAGAUUGCCGAGCCUGAAGGGCCUCGAGGACCAUUAAUGGUUCGAAAACUGUCAACAGAAAGGCGAGAAUCUUCAGAAGAACGAAGUGUAAUCCGAGCAGAAAGGCCUCAAGUCCAAGAGAACCUUCCAAAAAUCCCUCAGCCAGAUCAGCCGAGAGAUGAUGCCAGAGAAAUCCUUGAAAUGCCUCAACAUGAGGGGCCUGUGGAAACUUCCAACAAUAUUCCCUCAGAAUUUACCACAGAAGCUACGGAAACAACUACCGAUAUUGCCAAUAUUCCCGGUCGAAUCUACCCCUUGCCAGUUCCGUUCCUGAAGGCGCCGGUUAAACAGAAGACUUCAAUGUUUGCCACGCUUCCUCCAAGUAUCGUGAUUGCUCCAAGCCAAAGCGACAACAUCUUUGAGGAGUUCGAAAACCGAACAGCAACCGCAAAAUCUCGAGCAAUGACAACCGAAAGGCGGCCAUCAACUACCCCUGACGACGAGCUGAAUUUCAACAUGAUUGCUGCAAACACGGAGCAACAAAAUGCUGAGACAAAAGUUGCGACAACUCUGAUUCAAGGCGACAAACAUUUGCCUAACAUUUUGACAAUGGUCGUGGUGGCGAUUGUUGGAGUUGUUGUCGGCGGAAUAUUGUUGGGAUUGAUUGCGCUCUAUCGCAAACGUCAUGAUGCCAACUUCGUCCCCAGUUCGGCAAAUUCGGCCAGUGGAGGCUAUGGAUAUCCAUCCAACACCUUGACCAGGCCAUUGCCACCUCAUCACAACUAUGUGCAUGCAGCCAAUCAAUACAGUGGUUCGCAGAUGAGUACACUACAGAGGAAUCGGUAAGCAGCGACUCAAUUUAACCUAUCGAAUAUGCUCUUUUAUAAUUUUGUUUCACAAAUAAUCGUUUUCAGACCGCAUUCCCAGUCUUUCCAAUCCGAGGACGUUUAUGGCUGGAUGUACAAUCAGGGACCUUAUCAGAUCUACCAGUCAAAACCUACAGUCUAA